UCUAACAACAAAUAAAAACUAAUAUUUGACAGUAGUCUUAUCAAUAAAAGGAUUGAUGGAGCAUCAUAACAUAAUAAAAUGAGUGGAAGAAGAAAUGGGUACUUACAGAUUGGCCGAACGGCUGUUAGUAUUGUGAAAGGGAACAUCACUACUCAAGAAAUUGAUGUGAUAGUCAAUACCACGAAUGCUGAGUUAAAACUUGACAAAGCAGGGCCAUCAUCCAAGGCAAUCCUGUCAGCUGCUGGAAACAGUAUUCAAAGUGAAUGUGACGUUAAAUAUCCGUUUAAUAUUAACCCUGGUGAUGUUGCAAUUACUGGACCUGGCUAUUUAGAAGCUUUAAAGAUAUUCCAUAUAUAUCUUCCACGUUACAAUGAUUCUGAAGAUGAAAAGUAUAUUCAUACAGCACUUAAUGUGUGUCUCAAAAAAGCUGAUAGUUUGGGACAUCAGUCAAUUGCGUUUCCUGCCCUUGGAACUGGCAAGUUGAACUACAAUCCAAAUGUCGUAGCUGAUGCAUUGUUCGAAGCAGUUGAAAGGUACAACGAACAAAAUCACAAUCCAAAGUUGGAACUAGUAAUAUGUGUUGUUUACCAGGACCAAAUGUAUGAGAAUUUUGUUGCAGCAGCAAGAAGAAGAGCCAGACUAAAAGGGAAUGAGGCCAGGGGGUUAAUGGAAAGGACGUCUGGAAGCAAGACACUUGGGAAAACAACUGUUAAAGUCAUGGUAGGAGAUCUGACACAGAAACAGGCAGACGUUUUGGUACACACGUGCUCACAUAAUCUUCAGCUGAAUCAAACAACAGGACUUUCAACCGCUGUUUUAAAAGCUGCAGGACAAAAUAUACAAAAUGAAAUAGAUGAUAGUUAUGACGGUACUUUAAAAAAUGGUGAAUUUGUUGUUACCAAUGGUUAUGGCCUGAGUUGUAAAAAGGUAUACCACGGAAAGGUGUUAUGCUUCACUGCCAAUGGUGAGAAUGCGAAACCAGAUGAGGUUCUUUCAAAAUUUGUGAAAAACUGUCUAACAACUGCAAGUAGAUAUUGCACUCACAGUAUAGCUUUUCCGGCGAUUGGUACAGGGGAACUUAAAUUCCCAUCUGACAUUUCAGCGUCCAUACUAAUAGAAGCAAUACGUGAUUUCCUUCAUCACCAUCCGCAAACAACCAUUUCGGAUAUCAAAAUUGUUAUAUAUGGCGGUAACAUCACUUGGUCGAGCAUCGAAAAGGCAUACAGAAACGAACUUUCCCGAUCACAAGGCACACCAAAUCAGAUCAUUCAGGCCGUACCACAAAGAGGAUCCAAAGCAUAUUUUCGUUAUAAAUACAAGGAAGAACCAAGACCUCCAUCUAAUUGGAGCCAUUUUGAAUGUAACAAAACAAUUAAGGAAUUACUUGUAAAACACUCAAAACAACCUUUCAAACUCGUAAAACCAGAUAACGCAACUUUCCAAUCAAUCAAACAUCUAUUCCUGAAUACGAUUGGAAUAAAUUGUGCCCAAGUGGUAUCUAUUAUGAGAAAUGAAAAUCUUAAAGUGUUUGAGAAAUACAUUCAAGACUGUCAAAGACUUUUUUGUAGAGCAAUAAGUAAUGGACCAUGUAAAUCAUUAGCAAACACACCAAGAUCACGCGGUUCAGUCACUACUUUACAAUAUGUAAACAGAACUAUAGCACACCAGUUAAAUCAAGAUUUGAAUGAGGUUUAUCUUUUCCAUGGAACAAAGAAAGAGAGAGUAGAUGCCCUACUUCAAAAUGGAUUAGAUCCUAGGUUAGCAGCGUUGAACUUUCCUACACUGUGGUUGGGUUCUGGAGUAUACGCUGCCGAAGAAGCCAGUCUUUCCGCUAAAUAUACACCACCAGAUGGCCAAGGAGUGUGUACAAUGUUUGUGAUGAGGGUUUGUCUUGGAGAUGUUUUUACGACACAGAAUAAAAUGCAGCAUUUAAGAAGACCACCCUGUAAAGAGCUUUGCCAAACAACAUGUAUACAACAUAAUGAGUUCUUUGAUUCUGUUGUUGGUGAAUUUCAACAAAGGGAAUUUGUCGUAUACGAUGGUGCUAAAUGUUACCCAGAAUAUGUUAUUGAGUAUAAAGUUUUACAGUGAGACUCUACUAUGCAGUCAUGUAACAAAAACUUGAUUUGAUAUGUAUGUUACACUUUUUGUUCAGUGACAUGUGAAAUGCGGAUACAAACAUUUCGUUAAAAACACAAUACACACAUAAUGUACUCAUUCAUGUUCUUUGCUUUGCCUAUGUUUUGAAUGAUUUAUAUAACUUUAUUUGUGAUAUAUAAUUCAAUGAUAUUAAUUGUGCUUUUACCCUGAGUGAUGUUUUUCUUACGUACCGACCAUCAUACAUCUGAUUUUGUUAGUUCACUUUUUAAAUAUUGAUACGCGUAGACUCUAUAGGGGAACUAAACAUGAAACGAUUACGCAAUGAAAAUAAGUUUACCAGUAAGUUAAAGCAAAUAUAUUACCCCAAUUCGUUACAAGAUAAAAAAACUAUGGGUUUUGCGUCUUUAAAUGUCAGCUGUUUUUGUACUCGGUGGAAAAAGAGAACAUUUACCUAUUUUGAUCCGUGUAAAAAUGCAGCUGACAUUUAGAACGGUUAACACAAUUUAUCUACUAGUA